UACUGCAUCAGCCUCUCUCUCUCUCUCUCUCUCUCUCUCUCUCUCUCUCUCUCUCUCUCAUGCCAUGAAAAACAAAUCUCCGAGAGACAGAACCUCUUCCCCCGAAAUCUCUCAUCCUGAUGACUCCUGAGACCCAAUAGUAAGAGACCAGAAGAGAAAAUCCAUGGCGGAGAAUCUUGCCUGUGGGGAAACCUGCGAGACAUGGCUCAAUGACGACGCCGAUGACAUUGAUGGCGGCGGAUUUGUUAAUGAGAUUGAUUAUAACCGUAAACUAUUGAGUAAAGAUGAUAACUUCGACGGACGCGGAUCAAUUCCGUUGAUGGGUUUUCCAUCGUUGCUGGGCGAGGACAGAAUCAGAGAGAUGUUGGAGAGAGAGACCGAUUUUUUGCCCGGAAAUGAUUACCUUAAGAGAUUGCGUGCUGGAGAUUUCGAGUUGUGUGUUAGAAACGAAGCUCUGGAUUGGAUUUGGAAGGCCUGUGAUCAUUACCAUUUUGGUCCCCAGUGCGUAUGCCUGUCCAUGAACUACUUGGAUCGGUUCUUGUCCUCCUAUGAGUUGCCAAAAGACAAGGCUUGGGCUGUCCAAUUGCUUGCCGUGUCUUGCUUAUCAUUGGCAGCCAAAAUGGACGAAACCGACAUGCCUCAGUCUAUUGAUCUACAGGUUGGGGAUCCCAAGUUUUUGUUCGAGGCUAAGACUCUACAAAGGAUGGAACUUUUGGUACUGAACACAUUGAAUUGGAGAUUGAAAGUUCUAACUCCAUUCUCCUUCAUAGAUUAUUUCUUGAGCAAAACAACUGAUCACCCAUCCGAGAAUUCAAUCUCUAGAUCCUCAGAACUCAUAUUAAACACAGCUAGAGGAAUCGAAUUCUUAGACUACCGGCCUUCUGAGAUAGCUGCGGCCACUGCAGUAGCCAUCUCAAUUUCAGGAGAAAUGGAAGUUAUUGAGAACGAGAAGGCAAUUUGUAGUCUAUCACAUGUGAAACAGGAGAGAGUUGCGAAAUGUUUAAGAAUGGUGACAGAGAAGAACAGAAGGGGAGCUGCAUUGGCAGUGCCAUUGAUGACAGUGGCAGUGCCAGAGAGCCCCAUUGGGGUGUUGGAAGCAACAUGCUUGAGCUACAAGAGUGACGAUAGAACUGUCGAGUCAUGUUCAAACUCUUCACACUGUUGUAGUCCAGACAUCAACAACAUCGCCCACAAGAGAAGAAAACAGUAAAGAGUGAAGAGGGGAGAGUUCAUACAUUGCUUCACAUCUCUGCUCCAAAAAAAAAAACAUUUGGGGUUCCUUUAUUUUCCUUAAAUUCUUCUUUUUUAAAAGUUUUCAACUCCUCAAUGUUCAAUCAGAAAAUUUGAUUGAAAUGAGAGUUUUGUGAAAGAGAGAGAGAGAAGGGCUGUUUUGCAGGAGGGGUGAAUAAGAACAACUUGGUCAUUGAAGAGGAUCAAAGGCAACACGAAGGAGAUGUAAAACAAAACUAAUAAUAAAAACAUUUGCUAUUUAUUUCAUCA